UACAGCGCGCGUCCCCAGAGCCUGCUUAAAUGACAGGAGGAUAGAAGCGGCGCGUCUCUUAUCAAGGACAGGCUCUGAUCACAGCUGGACGAUCAACAUGGCACCCAAAGACCCUCUCCUUGGCUCCCUCAAAGUGUGUGUCCUGAACCUGCAGUCAGAUGGAGAGCGGGUGACAGAUUCCAACCCUCACCUCGCCUCCUGUUGUGAGCUGCUGGAGCUGGUCCUCAGGAAGGGACUCCAGCAGCCAGUUCUCAGUCUGGUGCACAGAGAUUACUGGCACUGUUUUGAACAGCUACCCCAUCAAGAUGCCUGUGGCAGUCUGUCUGCUCUGUCCUUGGCAGUUGAGCAGACCAGAGUUUGCAGGAAGCUGCUCUCAGCUCAGGGCCGAGGGCGCUACCUGCUCAGGCUGGCCCUCAGCCGCAAGGUCCUGCCGCAGUUCUUCACACACCUGCUGCACACUGCCAGACUCCUGGAGUGGUACAGCCCAGAUUUAUCAAUUCUCAGGAAUGAGGAAUUUGUGGAACCCUUCAUGUCGCUGCUGCUGGUGCUCUCACACAUGGACUUCAAACUGGACAUGGAGAAUUGCAGUUUUCUGGAUGAGAGCUGGCUCCUGCCGGUGUGUGAGAUAUAUGAAGUCGUGCCCUGCCGGGAGGUAGGGUUGGUUCUGAGGUAUCUCAGCGGGCGCGUCUUUGUUCUCGACCUGAUGCCCGGCAGUCAGGCUGACGUCGACAAGUUCAUCUGUGCUGGUGACAUCAUCGAUGAGAUCAAUGGGACCUCGCUGAGGAAUUCUAAAAGUGGACAUGCCGGUGCAGUUCUGUCUCGGUUUAAGGGCUGCCCUUUGUCCAUCCGUGUUAUAAGAUGGAGGGCCCACGACGGAACAGUGUAUAGACCCCUUAUCAAAUUCCUGCGGGCCCUGAGGACAGAGAACCCCACCCUGCAGCUGGGUCCUGCUUCCUCCCAGCAGACAGCAAGCAGAGACCAGAAGCCUCCUCCAUCACAGUGUCUCAAAGAGGGAAGGAUUGUUUACAUAGUGCAAUUCUUGGGAAAGGCAAACAUUGGAAUGUUUGGAGGAAAGGAGGUGCUCCAGCAUGCAAUCCCACAGGUGUUGCAGAAAAACCUACCCAGCAAGGAAGUGCUUUUAGAUUUGAAGGAAACGCAUUUGACGUGCACAGACAAAAACAGUAAAUUGGAGUUGUUUGAGCACCAUUAUCCCGAGAUUUCAUGCGUGGGGAGAUAUGCACAGCCAGACUACACAGUAUUUGCCUUCUGUGUGGCAGACUCCCCAGAAACCCCUCAGUCCACAGGCUUCUGCUGUGUGGUGCUCCGAGCCAGCAGCAUCAAGGAGUGCGAAGACAUCGUCUGCAGGAUUGCCACUGGGUUCAAGCAUACGGAAUGGUUUGUAUGACAAACCAGCUGUGACCAACUAUGUGUUGUAAAUAAAAGAUGUGUAUUGACCACA